AUGGUUUCACAGGUUGCAACACUAUGGGCAGCAGUGCUUCUACUUGCCUCGAUGCACAACUGUGACGAACCCGCGGUAAGUGAGCGAUCACCAACUCUAGCAAAGAACUCAUGUCUGUCCGAAGCGGGUGCCAUCCUUGAAGCGCCACCGAUACCGUGCCAACCGCUGGUCGCCUGCAACGGUGAGCAGAUCGAGAAGGCUUACGUGAAAGUGCACGAAACGUGUCGCAUCAAAGCUACGCAACGGCUAAACGAGCGGGAAUAUUUUCAUGCCCGCAUCGACUACUGGCAAGGAGAUCAUGUCUUUCUAUUCGAUAAUAUCGUGAAGUCACAUGCCUCCCACACACUCAUGUUUGACGCAGAGCGUAUUACGCAAGUUCCCACGAAGCUGAUAGAAGAGCUCAACCUCAAGCUUUUAAUCUACAGCAUUGAGGCGGGCCGUAUUCAGGAUGCACUGCUGCUGUAUGUCACGUUGAAGGACGACUGGAAGGCGGAACGGAUACUGGACGAAAUCCAGACUAACCCAAGCGGUGUUAACGAGGUGAUCGUGUUGCAUGUGCUCGAGUUUGCACGUGCUUUGCCGGUCAAGAACGUACGCGUGGAACUGUACAAAGCUCUCGUAGUAUUCCUGCGUCGAAAUAACCUCAACAGUUCUUACGUCUCUCUGCUGUAUGCCGCAGACUCGUUGGCCGUCUUUACCACAGAGAAAGACAAGAAAGAUUACUUCACACCACCGUACGAAGCUGUACUGAAAGUAUUGCGCAGUCAGCUCCAAAAGCAAGAGCUCGAUUUCAAUGUUUGGAUCGCAAACAAAUAUCCACCCUACUAUACCCAUUUCAUCACGGAAAUCUUCACCAUCGAUUCUAAAACAUGGCAAACGAUCGACAAGCGGCGCCUCUUUGAGAUAGCGGGCAUGUUCAAGGCAAAGGGUCACCGGUUCCAGGUGAUUGAGCAGUUCCUAAAGUAUGCGAAGGAUUACGACAGCCGGAACGUUUCGAACCUGGUCAAAAUGAUGCCCACGCUAGCUGUGGAAGUAGAUAACCUUCGCCGAACAGUUGAACAGACCGGCAAUCAUAAGAACGAGGUAGAUAAAAUCAAAACGCUGCAGGGUCUCUUCAAGACGACCUUUUGGAAUAGACGCCAAUAUCGGACAUAUUUGCAUAUCAUGAAAACGGAAGGCAAGUUUGGUAAGAAGUAUAUCGAACUGCAAAGCAAGGGAUGA